AUGGUGUCUUCCAGCGGUGAUUAUUCUUAUAGCUCUUCUGAGGAGGACUCCAGGACCUCUGCGACCAAAGUGCGUGCCAAUAAGGAUCAUGCUAAGAAGGUGAUAAAUAACAUGCCCCUCGACAAGCUAAAAGAUGCUCGUGAUAAGCUCUUGAAGAGGAAAGAAAGGGAGGAGAUAAUUGCUGAGUAUCAAGAGAAGAGACGUAGGAUUCAGCGGAAAAAACUAGAAGCUGAGGAGAGACUCCGAUCCCGUCUUGAUGGCGUAGCCUCAGACUCAGAUGUUGAAGAAGAGGAACUUUUAUGGGAGCCGAUGGAACACAAAAGUAGGUUAUAUCCACCGCAUAGGGAGAUUGAGCGACAGGGUAAGGCUGAUCUCCAGGAUGAACGUGACGAAGAAGACUAUUGGGACGCAAUACAUGGAGAUUUCUUCGAGGAAGAAUUCUCUAGUUCGGACAGUGAUUCUGAGAAAGAGUCUGAAGAGUAUUCUUCAGAGGAUGAUAAUGAUGAUGACGAGUCGGAUGACUCUGACGAUUGUUCUUGCUCAUAA